AUGGCCAGCCAAUCACCUCUAAACCCUACAUUCAAGGGGCACGUAGCCACCACCUGGGAUGCACUUCUCCUCUUCGAAGCGUGCUUGCAGGGUCAAAUUAACCAUGUGCCUCGACGUCCGCAUGAUCGUGAACGCCAAGAGCUCAUUUCUAGCGGCAACAUCUUCAUCUAUGAGGAGCAUGCCUCUGGCAUCAAGCGCUGGACAGACGGUAUCUCUUGGAGUCCUAGCCGCAUCCUCGGCAACUUUCUCAUCUACCGCGAGCUAGACAAGCCCUUUCCUCCCGGCGAAAAGAAACGUGCGCUCAAGAGAAAACGAGGUUCUCAGGGCGUCAACAAGGCCACUCCUCGGUCCAACUCAACUGUCCUAGACCCGGCCACCAUCGCCCGAGACCCAGAACGGUCGCUGGUCGGUUCUCUGGUGGACUCUUAUCUGUUCAAAGAAAGGGGACUCGUCAAGAAGACAAUUUCCAUCACCUUCCAGGGUGUGCCGCACCAUCUGGUCAGCUACUACAGUAUAGAAGACGUUGACAACAAGUCUCUGAUGACCCCGAGCGAGGCCAACUUCUUUUCACACAUCAAGCCUCGCACCGAGCUUGUCAUGUCCCAAAACUUCCGCAAUCCUGUGGAUGAAGUCACCUUGUUUGGCCAGGAAGACAAUGGCUUCAUGGGUGCCAACGCGCACUUCUACAACAUGGGUGCCCACGUCGCCAACUUCUCCCCACACUCUCAUGUUGCCCAGGUUGCCGAUUACGGCUCUCAAGUCAUGAUGUCUCAAGCCCUGCCGGUGUCAACCAUGGCCGUCGCUCCGAUGGCUGCCUACUCUAGAGCAGACUACGAAUACCUUGCCCAGCAGCACCAACCUCAUGAUCACUUUGAAGCUCAAGUGGAAGCCCAAGCUCAGGCGGAGGCCCAGGCACGCUAUGCUCAUCGCCAUCAUUCAUUUCAAUAUCACGACCACAUUCCGCAAGGUCAACUGCCGCAAGAGGCAUUGCACCACCAGCAGAUACAACAGCAGCAGAUGCACCACCACCAACAGCAGCUACAGCGCCAGCAACAGCUGCAACAUCAAAUGCAUGCGAUACAAAUGCAGCAACAACAACAGCAGUUUCACCACCAAAUGCACCAGCCGCAGCCCGACGAGCAGCGGCAGCACCAGUUGUCCCACCCAUCACCGCACCAGCAAGAUGUGCAGCCAGAUGAGCAGCAACAGAACGGCGAGGGUUUUGACUGGUCCAAUUAUCAGGGACCAAACGAUUACUACUAUCCUCAACAACCAUAG